UCCACUAUUCUCACUAGCUUCAAGACCGCUGCCACCCAGGAAGUUCGCAAAAUAAACGUUAAUUUGCUGUUGCGAAACAGGCAGACAGAGUUGCCAGUUGAAGAAGUCGUAGCUAGACUACUUGAACAAUAAGGAAACGAAGACGUCAUGCAGCCCUCUAAAGACGUCUGUUGGCCCUUGACAAUCUGGAUGGUCCACCUUGCCUUCAUGGUUCUCACUGUUCAAGGUCAAGACUGCUCCAAACCCAUACCGUUAGAAGGGUCAAACAUGUUUCUUACAUCAACUCAAGAGAAAUUUGGAGAUGGAACAAAAGCAACUUUUGAGUGUGCAACUGGAUAUGUCAGUGCAGGAGGGUCUCGAUUAGUCACCUGUACUGCUGGCGUGUGGAGUACAGUGACACUAACAUGCGAAUUAAGGUCGUGUGGCUCACCAGGAGAAGUGAUAAACGGCCGAUAUAAUCUCUCGGGGGUUCUGUUUGGCGCCAGGGCUGUUGCUUUCUGUGACACUGGCUAUACACUUGUGGGCAGCGGUGUAAGGAACUGUUUGGUUGGAGGCUGGGAUGGCAGAGUUCCUGUAUGUGAAGUGGUGAAGUGUGGAAAGCCCCCCACCAUUGUCAACGGUGGAGCUGUUAUCCCACCUGAAGACGAGUACAGCUAUAGAAGUGUUGUGGAAUAUAGCUGUGAGAAGGAAUUCACUCUGGUUGGAACUAAAUCCAUAGUCUGUGAAAAGGACGGAGAAUUCCAGCCAGCUCCACCUGAGUGUAAAAUGGUUUCAUGUCCUGCUCCUGUUGUUGAGAAUGGCGUUAGGAUUCAAGGUCGUUCGCCCCCCUACAAGCACAAGUCUUUUGUGACGUAUAAGUGCAACGAUGGAUAUGAGAUGACGGGAGAGGCCAGUCUGACAUGUGAAAUAGGAGGCUGGUCAGCUUCUAUUCCCACAUGCAAAGCCCUUCCGACUACAACAAAGCCCCCUACUACUACUACUACUACUACUACUACCACAACAGCUACUACCACAACAGCUACUACCACUGCUACAAAGAAAACCACAAACCAAGAUCGCGUACCCGGUCCCCCGGAGGCCAAAAACCACACUUGGAUAAUAUUAGGGAGUGUUCUAGCUGUACUUGUCGUUGUUUCUCUUAUACUAUUUAGAAUCUACAAAUAUAAAGCACACUCUCAAGUUGGAUACUCAGGAAAUGUGGCCACUAAUAUCUCUGAAGACAGAGAGUUGUAGCACCCUUGGCCAUGUACCAAGUCUUCUGAUCUGCUUUAGUCUCCUCUUGCAUCCUUGAGAAGGGAGUCACAGUGAACAGGCUGCUGUGAUUCAAUGUACUACUCUCCUGCUUAUGAAUGUAGUAGCCCCUCCCAAACACCGGGUUCAUAUCCUUUCAAAGGAAGUUCUAUUACGUGAUGUUUAGAAACCUCAUGAUGAAGAAUGAAUUGGUUCACUCUCAUUUGGAAGCUUGUGCUUAAUGAGUGGCCAAACCUGAUUAUUCAAAAACAAUUUAUGUUUCCAGUGUACUUCACAAAUAACUCUUUAUCUGAGCCUGCUUUAUCUCAUUGCCAACAUUCUUAGUUACAAUUCUCCCCUUUAGGGCAACCCUGCAUCACAAAGCCAGAUUUGUACCCUUUGAAAUAAAGAAUUUGAAGGAAAUCAUAUUUAUUAAAAUGUCCAACAAGA